AUGCCCACCGAGACCACCCCUGCCUCCAACGCACCUGGCCACAGGGGUGGCAUCGGCCUGGGCUGCCGCAAACCCCGACGAGCUCGCCACGCCGUCUCACCCGCCCUGGCCGGCGGCCACGACCCGCAGCGCAAGGGCGUCUGCAUCAAGGUCGGCAUCACGCGGCCCAAGAAGCCCAACUCGGGCGAGCGAAAGACAGCACGUGUGCGCCUGACUACGGGCAAGACCAUCACGGCGUACAUCCCAGGCGAGGGCCACAACAUCCAGCAGCACAGCGUGGUCCUGGUAAGGGGCGGCAGGGCGCAGGAUUGCCCCGGUGUGCGGUAUAAGCUGGUCAGGGGCGCGCUGGAUCUGGGCGGAGUGACGAACAGGACAAAUGCUCGGAGCAAGUACGGCACCAAGAAGCCCAAGAAGGCGAGUGUUAGUUAA